GUGUGAGGCGGAAUCACUACAAUCCGUCUGUGCCCAUAGUUUAGCCUUUCAAACAGGAUUUUACAUUCCUUCACCCCUGCGAGGUGUGUGGACUUAAAUUAUGCGUUUUAAGAUCGACCCGAAUCAAAGAUGCAAUGGAGGUCAAUAGUAGUUGGUCUGGUCGUACUGAGACUCUCCCUCAGCUGUGUGCUGUGGCUAGCCUUCGGGCUCGGACCUAACGUUAGCUGGGGGUUCAACUUCCCUCUCAGUUUCGGUUUGCACAAAUUGGAUCUGCUAUUCAGGGAGGAAAAGGGUACCGGCCCGAGGGGCAACUCGUGGUCUCAACGACUACCCGGUCAGAAAUAUGAAGAGACGGCGAGCACCUGUGCAAAGGUCGGAGAGGAGUCACUCAAGAGAUCCUACCUGAGCUUCUUCGAUGGCAACAAGGACGAGUACGUCCGGAGAUACAGCUCCUUCCCGGACACGCUGAAGGCGAAAAUGAAGACCAUGGCCAAAGAAAUGUUCUAUUUCGGUUAUGACAAUUACAUGAAAUAUGCUUUUCCCGAGGACGAGCUGAAUCCCAUUGACUGUGAGGGGAGGGGACCAGACGUGCUAAACCCGUCAAACAUCAACAUAAACGACGUCUUGGGGAACUAUUCCCUUACACUAAUUGACACCUUAGACACCCUAUUGGUGCUCGGAAAUGUGACGGAGUUCCAGAGAGCUGUCAAGCUGGUUAUAGAUACUGUGUCUUUUGACAAGGACUCAACUGUGCAGGUUUUUGAGGCAAACAUCAGGAUCUUGGGAAGCCUCAUCUCAUCUCACAUCCUGCUGACGGACCCAAAACAUCCCUUUGGCAAGGUGGGCUUUGAAGGUUACGAUAACGAGCUGCUUCACUUGGCUCAUGACUUGGCUGUCCGCUUGCUGCCGGCCUUUGAGAACACCAGCACAGGCAUUCCUUACCCCCGGGUGAACCUGAAGACCGGAGUACCUCCUGAUAGCAUCAAUGAGACUUGUACUGCUGGAGCUGGGUCCCUGCUGGUGGAGUUUGGGAUUUUGAGCCGCUUGAUUGGAGACUCCACGUUUGAGUGGGUUGCCAGACGAGCUGUGAGAGCUCUGUGGAGCUUGAGGAGCAACGAGACCGGUCUGUUAGGGAAUGUAGUUAAUAUCCAAACAGGCCAGUGGGUCGGCAAGCAGAGCGGUCUGGGAGCUGGUAUGGACUCCUUCUAUGAGUAUUUGCUCAAAUCAUACAUCCUUUUUGGUGAGAAAGAGGACUACGGGAUGUUCCAAGCGGCUUAUGAGAGCAUUCAGAACCACAUGAGGAGAGGGAGAGAGUCAUGUAAUGAAGGAGAGGGUGACCCACCUCUCUAUGUUAAUGUGAACAUGUUCAGCGGUGAGAUCAUGAACACCUGGAUUGACUCCCUUCAGGCCUUCUUUCCUGGGCUGCAGGUCCUGAAUGGUGAUGUAGAUAAUGCCAUUUGCCUGCAUGCCUUUUACUAUGCCAUCUGGAAGCGCUUCGGGGCUUUGCCAGAGAGAUACAACUGGCAGCUGCAGGCCCCUGAUGUGCUCUUCUACCCAUUAAGGCCAGAGCUGGUGGAGUCGACCUAUCUGCUGUACCAGGCGACCAAAAAUCCUUUCUAUUUGCACGUUGGAAUGGACAUUCUCCAGAGCCUUGAGAAAAAUGCCAAAGUCAGAUGUGGGUAUGCCACUCUCCACCACGUCGUGGACAAAUCCAAAGAGGAUCGUAUGGAGAGCUUCUUCCUCAGUGAGACAUGCAAAUACCUUUACCUUCUGUUUGAUGAGGACAACCCACUUCACAAAUCCGAUAACAAGUACAUCUUCACCACAGAGGGCCAUGUCGUGCCUAUAGACAAGCGCUUCAGGGAGAAGCAGUGGAAGGAUUUUUUUCCUUGUGAAGAGGUAGUACUGACAAAAAGAGAGCCAAACAACCGGCCGCCACCUAGCAACAUCAGCAAUUGCAACAGAAUCCCAGAGGAGCGACGGUAUGCUCUGCCGUUAAAGAGCGUCUACAUGAGGCAGAUUGAUCACAUGGUGGGACUUUUCUGAGCAAGAGGAUGCAUGUGGUGACACUGGCAUGAACAGGCCUCCGCCACACCCCCUCAGGUGCAGGUGCAGUGAGAUUAAAAAGGACCCACUGUUGGUCGAAAUCCUCGUCCCGUCUGUCCCACUGCUCAGGAUCCAGACACUAAAGCAAACCUGAGAACGCAGCUUAAGUGAAAGGUGAACAACGUCUCUCAUGAAAAAUUAGAAGAUUGUGUAAGUGAUUUUCAGAUUACUUCUUGGAGCAAGAAGAAAAAAGUCUGUUGAGGUGUUGGUUCAGGUAUGAGUGUGUAUACAUUGUGUGUGUGUUUGUGUGUGAAUGCAUAUUUGAAAUGACAGCUGAGCUGUGAAUGAUAAAAUUGUGUUUAUGGGAACAGUGCCAUCUAGCCACACGUACAUAAAAUGCAUAGCCUAUAAAAACACUCGCCUCUAAAAGUAUCUCUCUAAACAUGAUGAUUAGUGCCUCUUUGCAGUGGAUUCACUUGACUACAUCAGUGCUUUUACAUAAGGGCUGCACAUUAACAGAAAACGGCAGUGAGAGAGAGGUUCAGCCGACUCUUGCUGUUUUAAAGUGCCUUCAGUUUUACUUGGUCUUUCUGGAUGCUGUCAGUGCAUAUUGGUUGUGCACAACGUUGUCAAGUACAUCCGGAGGCCACUGUCGAUUUGCACAAUAGGUGUCAUUCCAUGAGUGUGUACAGUUUUGCACCGAUUAUGACAUCAGUGUAAAGCUACUUUUUUAGACACGACGAAACAAGCCAUAAAAUGUAUUUUUUAAUGUAAAUGAGUGAAAACGUGUUUGUUCUCCAUCAUUGUUCUGUCACACGUGUUUAGUACACGUAGUUUAUUCUUGUUUAGAGUAAACGGAAGUUGUCAUUUGCUGUUUCUGUUUCUCUUAAUUGCACAUCAUCAUACUUUAAUUGUCAUGUGGUGCGAACUCAGGGUUUAAAGGACAAACAAAAAUCAAUGAAUGCUUUCGUAGAUAAUAGAACUCUCUUGAAAUGUUAUCGCCUACAACGUCUUAGAAUUGUCUUAGGUAUUUGUUUUGCAAAUCUUACAACUUGGUUAUCUGAGGUAAAUAACUGAAUAACUGCACUGAACUGAAGUACAGUUGUACUGUGAAUAUUCAUCGUUGUUCCACGCAGACAGGACAAGUGUAUGAUGUCUCCUUAACUGAUGUUGAUUGAGAUAUAUUCUCUGGACUGGUUCAUCUCUUGCCAAACAUCAUGAGUAUGUAAAGCUCAGCAGAGCUUCAGGCUGCAUGGCUCGAUUACUUCAGAGCAUUGGCAUCGUCUUUGGCCUUGGGAGACAGCUGUUCAUUUCUCAAGUGCUGUCUAAAUUGCUCCAGGCCAUGGGAAUCAUAUUUAUGAGUUUUUGAACUGGCUUACGUCACCCCAAACGACUCAGAUUAUCUUUAAAGGAAUAGUUUGACAUUUUGGCUAAUAGGCAUAUUCACUUUCCAGCUGAGAUUUAGACGAAAAAGUUAAUACCACUGGAUCCCAGUCUGGGGCCGUUUCGCAAAAAACGAAUUGUGAGUAUGACUCGCAUGCCAAUCGCAAAUGUUUGUUGCUCAGAAAUUGCAGAUAAACUUGCAAGUCUUGCAGGACAAAAGUAUCUCUAAUCAGUACUAGUUGCUUAGAACUCAUCAAAAUGAUUUGGAUAUGAACUGAUUUCAUUGCAUAAAUUUGGUGAAAUGGGCCCUUGUGUGUUAAAUAUGACAUUACCGCCAGUAGCUGGUUAUCUUAGCUAAGCACAAAGUAAACAGGGGAUCAACUAGGUAGGUUCUGUAACAAAAUCUACCUAUCAGCCCCUUUAAAGCUCAUUGGGUAAAUAAGUACAAAAAUUAACAUGUUAAUUAAUGAUCUUUAGAGGUGCUUGUAAGAUGUUUUUAGUAUUUGGACAAAACUAGGCUAGCUGUUUACCCCUGUUACUAGCAUUUGUGCUAAGCUAAGAUACAACUGUAACCAGCUGUUGGCAGUAGCUUGAAGUGAACAAGUGUAUUUCCCAAAAAUGUCUGUUCCUUUAGUCUGGCUGAAAUUAAAGAUAAGGACUGUUCAAUCCUGUCUUGUUUCAAAAUUCUAGAAAAGGAACCUAAAACAUUCUGUGAAAUUAAUAAAUGACAGAUUAUGAACAAGACAUUGCU